AUGCACGAAUUCGCCCUCUACGGCCAAGUGUCGCGAGAUGACCACCAUCGGACGCUGCAGCAAUUAGCUGGCUAUACACGCAUGCAGCCGCAGGAGACGGUCGAGAUCCACCUUGUCUUCAAGCCUCGCACACCCGCCGGUUUGGACCACCUCCCUUCUGCUGGUGGGUCUCAAGGGGUUAUGCAGCAGGAUGUUCAGAAGCUGAAGACUAUGCUUAAUGCUGGGCUAUUCUACCUGCAACUUGUUGGCGAGGUCGUGCCAGACAAGCCCAAAGGCACAGAAAACGAUGAAGAUGUCGCCAUGUCGAAUGGGGACGGUGAUCAUGCUGAGUCCGACAGGUCAGCGGACGAGAAAUCGGCCGUAAGGUGGUCGCUCGAUUUCAAAGAUACUCCCGAACCGGGCAAACAACCUGUUAGCACCCGGCUGGUUUCCCGCAUAUCCAUGACCGAUGGAGACUUUGUCAGAUUUCUCGAUAACUUUGGCUACGAGUAUGUUUCUCGUUACAUUGUCGUUGGCUCCAAGUUCUAUGACCAUGACACCACUCUAUUUGUGCACAAGGUUUUGAGACUCUCCCAAAUAUCUGCAGACGAGGCAGUGCGUGACACCUCGUUUCUUCCAAACAUUACCGAACUGCCGGAAUUGGAUGGCUCGGGCGGAUACACCAUCCAGGCAUCUAUUGAUGUGGUUGAUGGCAACAAUCCCGAACUCAAAGAACGUGCAACUCGGCAGCUGCUGGCGCUGAAAGAAGCAUUGAAGCAGGCAGUUGACCUCACUCCGGGAGAUCGUCUAUCUCUGGACACACGCGUCCCCGUAACUUCUACUAGAACUCAAUGA